CCCAAAAUGGCGACACAGAAGGCGAAAUUCGGCUCUGCAUUUGUACCAAGUAUACAACCAAAUUAACCGGAUUUGUGACCAAGAAACAACUUACUAGUCUUAGCCGAAGAAUAUAUUUGGAUUUGAAAUUACUGUUUGCCUUUUGAAUUGCUUGUGGCCGGUGGAAAAGGUUAUCUUUUGUAUUGUAAAGAUCAUCCUAUAUAUGAGAGAGAGAGGAGUGUCGAUUGAGAAACAUUGUAUUAGUAAGACUAAAGAGUAAGACAGUUUUAUGACAACCUUUUAUUGACGUUAUUUGACAAAACAAACUACUGUACACAAAUCACUAGUCAGUCUGUAGACUAUAGGAUUAACUUCUAUUUGGGUCAGUUUGGAUUAAUUUAUUUAUGACAGUAUUAAAUCUACUGGAUUAACACUCGACUUUACUAUUGUGUCUUUUAUUUUCAUUAAUCUCUUAAAAAUAGUGUGAAAAUAGUUUGGAUCUGAGUAGUGGUGGAAAAUCAGAAUAAAUCUUUAUAUCAUUGCUGUAUGGAUAAUAGAUGGUGUUUUUGUGUUUUAUACUGGAGUGAAUCAAAGUUAACAUGAAGGAGUAUAAAGUGGUGGUUUUAGGCAGUGGGGGUGUAGGGAAGAGUGCAUUGACAGUUAAAUUUGUGUCAGGAACUUUCAUGGAAAAAUAUGAUCCCACAAUUGAAGAUUUCUACAGGAAGGAAAUUGAGGUGGAUUCAGCGCCAUCAGUUCUAGAAAUUCUGGAUACUGCAGGGACAGAACAGUUUGCCUCCAUGAGAGAUUUGUAUAUAAAAAAUGGACAAGGUUUUGUGAUUGUUUACAGUAUAACCAGUUUACAGACAUUUCAAGAUAUAAAGACAAUGAGAGAACAGAUUAUUCGUGUCAAAGGCAUCGAAAAAAUUCCCAUGAUUCUUGUAGGAAAUAAAGCUGAUUUGGAACAACAGCGUGAGGUGCCAUCAAAUGAGGGUGCUGGAUUAGCCCAAUUUUGGGGUUGCCCGUUUUUAGAGACCUCUGCUAAAAGUACCCAAAAUGUGAAUGAAGUUUUUAUUGAAAUUGUGAGAGAAAUGAACACAAGUCCUUUAAAAGAAAAAGGUGGUUGUUGUCAAAUUCUUUAAUCACUGGGUAUUUUAUAACAUGGUAAAAAAUAUCAUCUGCUGCAACUCUUGACCUAUCACAAGAUUUCUACAGUAAUACAGAUUGUAAAAGAUACAGAUUGUAAAUGAUGCAGUUUGUUGAAGAUACAGAUUGUAGAAGAUGCAGAUUGUAAAUGAUACAGUUUAUAGAUGAUACAGCUUGUUGAUGACACAGCCUGUAGAUGAUACAGUUUAAAAACUAUGGAAUGAAAAGUGUUCAACUGAAAGACUGUCUUUCAAAUUGAAGUUUGCUGGUUCAUAAACACAUACUUUGUUUUUAUAUAUUUAUUUAUACACAUAAAUUAAUGUGAACAUUCAAUUAAAUGCUGCAAGUAGCUUGACAAUUUGAUAUGAUAAAAUACUUUAUACACAGCCCUGUAUAAAAUGUGAUGCUUUCUGUUAUCAAACAGAACCAUAUUUAGAAUUCUUAUAUGUUUUCUUCAUAUUAUUGAAAAAUGGUUUAUAAUGUGAUGGGUUGAAAAUAGAUAACAACUUUUAAUAUCUUGAUUGUCCGUGAUUUUCUGAAAGUGUUUUGUUUUUAAUUUAAAAAGUGUCUAUAUUGUUUAGUCAAUGUAUUUUGGUCACACUCAGGUUAGGAUAUGGAUAAACAUAGCAAUAGCUUGAUAAAAAAUCUAGAGUUAAUUCUAAACAUAAACAUGGGCAGUCUUUUUUAUUUUUAAAGGGGUGGCUUGCAAAAUCUACAUAAUCAAAAACAUCUUUCUGUGUAUCUGUGUAUCUACUUGAUGGAAAUGAAAUUGUUAUUGAUUGGGUUAAUGAAGCAGUUUGACCUAGUUCUGGUGUUAGACUUUAUAAUGGCUCAUUAUAAUUAGUUGAAACUUUCAUAAUGUAGGAGAUAUAUCUACAAUAAGGUGCUUAUUUUGCUCAAAUCUUUACAUUUGUUUUCUUACAUCUUCCAAAAACAAUAAUUAACAGCUGGGUUUAUUUUAGUUAAAACUUUCAUAUAUGUUAAGGGAAUCAUUUCUCGAGAUUUUGGUGAAUAUUUUCAUAAAUUUGAGCAAAAAAAAUUUGAGACGUACAAAAAAUUUUUUUAAUGCCCUUUUAAGAUAAAAAAAAAAAAAGAUAAAUCCUAGUUGAAAAGUACAGUACAGAAUUACACUGCAUUCAAUAAAGCGGAUUGCUUUUGUUUAUGUUUUUAAUUAGUGAUUAUUACAUACCCUUUGACUGAAGUCUGCAAGGGAGAAUAUUAGUUGAAUGCUCAACAAUACCCUUAUAUUGUCAUAAUACUGUAAGGACUCCUAUAUCUCUGUAUAUUGAAGGGAAACAUUCAUGUAAAUUGAAACACAAUUGUUAGUAUAGAAAGAUAUAAUUACUUAUGUGUGUUUAUUUUGUGGAAAUUGUGUUGUAUUCAAUCCAUUAAUUUGAUUUUAGUUAGGUUUAAUUGUAAUGGGAUUACUGUCAUGUCUACAGGUUAAACAAAGUACAAAUUGUAAAUGAACUUGUAAUAAGAUAUCUAGUGAUACAUGUGCUUGUUUAUAGAAAUGUUUCCCUUUGUUCUGAUAUAAUAAUUGUUUAUGAUGUAAUUAAUUCCUAUCAUUGAUAUAGGAGUCUUUAUCUGAUACUUGAUGCCAAAAACUGUAUAUAAAUAUAUUGUAUAU